AUGCCUCGGAUGGAAAAUGUGGAGCUUAAGGAUUUUACAACUGGAACCUGGAACGUACGAACAUUAUAUAAACCUGGAAAUCUGACGACAGCGAUAUUGGAACUUGAACGAUAUCGGCUGGACAUUAUUGCGAUUCAAGAAGUAAGGUGGACGGGAGAAGGAAGCUUAAAAACUGGAAAUUGGACGGUAUUCCAUAGUGGUGGUGAUGAACAUCAGGGUGGGGUUGGUUUCAUUGUGAAUGACAAAAUAUUACAUAGAGUUAAGAAGUUUAAGGCAGUGAAUGACAGAAUUUGUCAUAUGGAGCUGGAGUGCCGAUGGUUUAAUGUGAUAUUAAUUAACGGGUACGCCCCAACUGAAGACAAAGAAGAUGAAAUCAAAGAUAUUUUUUACGAAAAUUUGGAAAAUGAGUACGACCGGAUACCGACCAACAAGGUAAAAAUCUUAUUGGGAGAUUUUAACGCAAAAAUAGGGCAGGAGGUAGAGUAUAGACCAACAAUUGGGAAGGAGAGCCUGCAUAGAACAUCAAAUGAUAAUGGCACAAGAUUAGUUAAUUUUGCUACAACCAGAAAUAUGAUAAUAAGUAGCACCACAUUCCCACAUAAGGAUAUACACAAGGAAACCUGGGUAUCACCAUCAGGACAAAUAAAAAACCAAAUAGACCAUGUUGUAGUGGACAGACGUUUCAAGAGAUGCGUCAUGGAUGUCCGGAGCAUGAGAGGUAGCAGCGCAAUGUCCGAUCAUUUUAUAGUAAGAGCAAAAAUCAAGCUACGUCUGUCAGUUGAAUGGAGAAAAAAGAACGUCUUUAUCAAAAGGUUUAACAUAGAAGACCUAAAAAACCAAGAAAUCAAUAUACAGUACAAGAACAAACUAAAAGAGACCUUGAAUCUGACGGAGAAUUCAAAUAACGUAGACAAUAACGUAGAUAAUCUAUGGAAUGAGAUCGAAAACUCGAUUAAAACGGUGGCCACAGAAGUCCUAGGAUUUGAAGAAAGAAGAAGGGGGAAAAAAUGGUUUGAUGAACAAUGUAAAAAAGCGAAUAAUGAAAGAGAUAUUGCCCGAAUAAAAAUGCUAAAAGACCCAAGUGAGGAAAAUAAGAGAGUUCUAUCGGCUAGACAAAGGGAAACUAAACAAUUGCGAAUGAAAUUAAGAAUGGAUUUAAGACAAAAGCAACAAUUAUAA